AUGGAACCCUCGCUCCAGCGCCAGCCAGGGGAACGUGCACGUGGUUGCGUUGUGAUUGGCGCUCGCUUAUUCCAUCUCGACGGAAUCCUCGUAUCGACUCUAUGGGCGACCGGCAAGCGGCUACUACAAGUCUCUGCAGUUGGUCCAGUGCUCGCAAGAACCCGCCUGAAGUCUCUUUUAGCCUGUUUCCGCCUCGCGCAAGACUCUGUUGCCGAGCGGCAACUUCAUACUCGCUUGAUAACGCUCUAUGUGAAGGAGCAUACGACAUCAGCUGCUUCGAUGCGGCAGCCUCAGGCGAACAUGAACGGCGAGCAUCGGAUUCGAGUGCGGACUGGCUGCUUGACUUGCAGAUCAAGGAAGGUGAAAUGCGAUGUACCAGAUUUCGUUCCACAUGCGCAGGGAACAAUCGCUGAGACGUUGAGUAGGAAGCCCAGCCAGUCUGUGGAAAUUGCACAAGGCUUGCGCGAGUCUGCACCUCGUCAGUCCAUUCCAUCCAAUGGUGUAGCUGCACAGACGUCGAUAUCCCCGGACUCACACAGGCUUCGGCAGCGAGAGUCGAUUCACGAUGCUGCCACACCAGAGACCUCCUUACGAUGGCAGGGCUCUUCGUUCCAGAGCCAUCAUGUCUCUGUCACCGACCUCACGGACCACCUGCGGAAUGCUCUACAAUCCCUGGACAGGGAGCCUAUACCCAGUGCCGACCUGGAACUGGACUCGGCGGUGGAUUGUCCAUCGACUUACAUAUCGCGUGAUAUCCGCUUGACUACCACCAUGGACCUAUUGACUGCGUCCGAGGAUCCCCUGCAGUCGCUGCUGUCCUUUUUCAUUGAUCAUGUAGAGCAUCCCCUCAUCACGCCAUACGAUCAAUGGAACUGGACGCAGAUGAAGGCUGAAGCUGCAAGAUUGGGCCAGUCCGAGCCGGCCAUCAUGCUGGCCAUCAUGGCAGUGUCUGCCUUGUACAAAGCGCAGAUUUACGGUCUGUCGCGGUCCAAGGCGCUUUCAUUCCACCAUGCCUCGAAACGUGAAUAUGCCGUACUCUCAACUGACAGCUCCAAGGGCUCUGAUUUGCCUCUGCUGGCGGCAUUCCUCCUUUGUAUUUUCACGACCAUACAAUACGAUACUCAUAGCGUCCUCAAGACUACCAAUGCCGAGCACGACACAAUAUUAACCUCCUUCGUGCAAACUCAGGUUCCCCCACAAUCGCCGUUAUCCAGACGGAUAAUCGUGUGGUUCUCCCUCCUUGAGGCUGCUGCCAUGCGUGGCGGACACGCCGGUCUCCUUUCGGAAACACUUUCUGACGCGCUGCCUCGUUCAUUUACCGCCAUGCCCAACCUCCCGCCGCUGCCAGAUCAGCCCUCGCCACCGGCGGCCAUGCAGAUGUACGAAUUUCUGUCUGGCCCGGUCCUGACCUUCUACCUGACCGUACAGUCCAUAUCGCUCUCCAUCGCCAAACUAACCCACUACCAUCGCUCGCGCGCCACAGGCCAGGACCAAGACCAAGUCGCCGAAGCCAUUUCCCACAUCAAGACCCGCCUCCGGAAUCUCUGGGAGACUCGGUCGCCUGUACAGCGCCAGACUCCGCUAGAAUUGUCCACGAACCUCGCACCGGCCAUCGCGGGCCCGUUGAUCACGCUAGUCGGCAUUUGCGAGGCUGCUUACCACGCAGAAUUCGUCGAGAUGCAUCGCCUGCUCGGCGACCCUGUGACAGAGCCUGACGAAGAAGUGAAGGUGGCGAUGCGAAGAAUCAGGAAGCUUGUCGAUGGAGGUAGUAGCUGCGGUGUCAGUGCUGGAGACCACAGUGUUGUCACUCCGUUCCCAGACUCUAAUGUGUACGGGAACAGCACAUGCGCAGCCCGUACCGGCGACAGUGACACUGAUUUCGUUGCCGACGAUGUUCGGCGCGACGAGUACCAUGCCCGGAACUCGGCCGGCUACAUCCGCGCUGCCUACCUGCGACCCUUGUUCUUGUACGCCAUCGAAUGCAUGGACCGCGAGCAGAAUGCGUGGGCAGUGGCGCGGCUACGCGAAAUCAACGAUCCCAUCUGUCGAAGUGCAUUCUUCGCUGCUUUCGCCGAGGCGUUGGGUGAUAUGCAGCUCCGCAAAUCCCGCAGAGUUACAUCCAAGUACUUCAGCAUUUGGCACUUUGGGGUGCCGCCUCCCUUCUUGUGA